AUGCCUCCUAGAAGAAGAACCUCUGCUGAGAAGGAGUCUUCCCGCCAACGUCUGAGAGCUCUAGAGGAUGCUAUUAUUGCCCUCGCAAAUCGAUCCACUGGUCUGGCUAACAACCAUUUUGUCUUUGAUCGGUUUGAUCGUCAUCGUCCCCCAGACUAUGAGGUAGCAAUUGGCUCGUAUUACCUGAAGAAAGAGGCUGACAACUGGUGGGGUAUGGUCAAAGCUGAAUGUCUUGCUACCACUGGUUUUGGGUGGGAAAAAUUCUCCACGAAGUUGAAGGAGAGAUUCUAUCCGGACGAGUUGAGGUGGCUGAAAAGAGAAGAGUUUUUCUCUGUGGAACAGGGUUCUAUGUCAGUGCAAGCAUAUACUGACAACUUCACAGAGUUGUCUCGUUUUGCUGCUAUUUUGAUCCCUUCUGAAGCUGAGAAAAUGAGGUUGUAUGUGAGGAGGUUAGACGCCCGGAUUAGAGUACCAGUGAUGUGUUCAGGUGCUGCUACUUUCCAAAGGGCUUAUGAAGUUGCCCUUAGUGCUUAUGCUGCAGUUCAGGAGGAAGAAGCUGCUAGGCGUGCUCUCACAUCCAAGAGGCCCCCUCCCUCAUUUCAUACUGCAAACCCCUCCAAGAAGUCUAAGCUUAUUCCUGCAAAGAAGGGGAGUACUUCUGAUUCUAGACCGAAGAAGUGUUUCAAGUGCCAGAAAGAUUGGCACCCUGGCAAAAAUUGUGAUGGUUCUGCUGUCAAGUGUUUCUAUUACAAUGGUGAGGGUCACCGUUCGUACUCUUGCCUUAAGAAUUCUGAUGCAGGCAAGACAAUUACUGGUGGUAAUGCCCCUCUCCGCAACAGGGUUUAUAAUAUGACCGAAACCGAGGAAGGAUCGAAUGUUGAUGUCAUUGCCAGUACUAUUCUCGUGAACUCUAUUCCUGCUUAUGUUUUAUUUGAUACUGGUGCUACUGUUUCUUUCAUCUCUUCUUCCUUUAUUGAAAAGCCAAGUUGA